AGAAUCAUCUGUCGUGUUCUGUUUUUUCUUUUUGUUCUCAGAUUUUUAUAAACAUGAAUGAAUAGAGAGCACUAAACCUGAAUCGUUCCACUAAUUCUCAGCAAAAAUGCGUUCACUUCACUUAAUCGUCUUCAUCAUCAUCAUCAGUCUUGUUAAAGCUUCAAAAAGCGACGAUGGGUUUUGUUCAGCGCCUUCGAUUGUUGAAUCGGAUGAGAAGACGAAACCCAUUUAUUGGAAAGCAACACAUCCAACACUCUCUCCUUCACACCUCCAAGACUUGCCCGGUUUCACAAGAAGUGUAUACAAACGAGAUCAUGCGUUAAUAACACCGGAAAGUCAUGUAUACAGCCCUAUACCUGACUGGACAAACACAUUAGGAGCAUAUUUGAUCACACCGGCAACGGGAUCCCAUUUUGUCAUGUACUUGGCGAAAAUGAAAGAAAUGUCAAGUUCAAGUUUGCCUCCACAAGACAUAGAGCGUCUUGUAUUCGUGGUCGAGGGUGCUGUAACACUCACUAACACAUCCAGUUCUACAAAAAAGUUGGCGGUUGAUUCCUAUGCAUACCUACCUCCAAACUUUUAUCAUUCCUUGGAAUGUGUUGAUUCUGCAACACUUGUGGUCUUCGAGCGGAGGUAUGAACAUCUAGGAAGUCACACAACAGAGCUUAUCGUUGGCUCCACGGACAAUCAACCACUACUAGAGACUCCUGGUGAGGUUUUUGAACUGCGGAAACUUCUUCCGACGUCCCUUGCUUAUGACUUCAACAUUCAUAUUAUGGAUUUUCAGCCUGGAGAGUUUCUCAAUGUUAAGGAAGUUCAUUAUAACCAACAUGGUUUGUUGCUUCUGGAGGGCCAAGGCAUUUAUCGCUUGGGAGAUAACUGGUAUCCAGUUCAGGCUGGUGAUGUCAUAUGGAUGGCUCCUUUUGUUCCUCAAUGGUAUGCUGCACUUGGAAAGACUAGGUCUCGGUAUCUGCUGUACAAAGAUGUGAAUCGGAAUCCGUUGUGAUCAAAGAUACUUAUAUGACUUGGUGGGAAGUUUGAUGAGGUCAAGAAGGUUCUUUUGCAGUAAAAAGCCAGAACCUUGUUAUUUAGUUAUCUAUCUUACAAGCCUCAUGUCUACUCUUAAGCACUAGCUACUCGAGUCGUAAUUGUAUGAAAUAACAAAAACUAAUUUGAAAUGCCAUAUCUUUGUUUCAGCAA